AUGGAUAUUAAGAACCUCACCUCAAUCACAGAAUUUAUCUUGGUGGGACUUUCUAGUCAACGAAAGACUCAGCUUCUACUCUUUGUAGCGGUCCUUCUCACCUACUCACUCACCAUCCUGGGAAACCUGGUGGUCAUCCUGCUGGUAUGGUUUGAUACCCACCUCCAAUCACCCAUGUACUACUUCCUCAUGCACCUCUCUAGCCUAGAGAUCUGCUAUGUCACCAGCACAGAGCCCCAGAUGCUGGCUCACCUCUUGGCUGGGAAUGGAGUCAUCUCCUACACUUGUUGUGCUGCCCAGCUGUUUGGCUACUUGUGUUUUGGUGCUGCUGAGUGCUUUCUGCUGGCCGUCAUGGCCUAUGACCGUUACCUGGCCAUCUGUCAACCUCUGCUGUAUCCUGUUGUCAUGGACAGGUGGCGUCAGAUGUACCUUGCCUCCAGUUGCUGGGCAGGAGGCUUCCUUGGGGGUGCAAUAUAUGUGGGGUGCACCUUUCGCCACUCCUACUGUGGUCCCAACCGUAUCAACCACUUCAUCUGUGAGAUGCCAUCAGUUCUGAAACUUGCCUGUGAUGAUACCCACGUCACUCAGACAAUUAUUUUUGUAUUGGCUGGGGUAGGCAUCUUGAUUACUAUCGUUAUUGUUCUGACCUCCUACGUGGUCAUUCUGUUCUCCGUGUUACAAAUGCGGUCAGUCACUGGAUUGCACAAAGCCCUUUCCACAUGUGCUUCCCACCUCAUCGUAGUUACCGUGUUCUAUGGAACUGAUAUUGUUACAUAUGUGAUUCCACGAUCAGAGACUUUCUCAGACCGUGACAAAAAUAUUGCCUUGUUUUAUGUGGUGAUCACCCCUUUCCUCAACCCUAUCAUUUACACCCUCAGGAACAAGGAUGUCCAUGAGGCCGUCGCCAGAGCACUUAGAAGAGGUAGAUUUGAAUCAAAAUGA